UUGAUUUUGUACUAGCUGCCGACGCCUUUUGCGCGAUAUAUUUGGUCUUUCGGUCUUUUCUGUGUUGAAGUUAUUGCAAAAUGUCGGCUGAAGUGGAUUUCGUCAAUAAAAAGGAGAUGCACCUACGCACUCUGAAGCAGUCGGGCCAUGUGGGAUUCGAUAGCCUGCCUGAUCAAUUGGUCAACAAGAGCGUUCAAAACGGAUUCGUUUUCAACGUCAUGUGUAUAGGCGAGACUGGUCUGGGCAAAUCCACACUGAUGGACACGCUCUUCAACACGAGCUUUGAGUCGACGCCAAGCCCCCACACCCUGCCCAGCGUGAAGUUGAAGGCGCACACGUACGAGCUGCAGGAGAGCAAUGUGCGCCUCAAGCUGACCAUUUGCGACACCGUGGGCUAUGGCGAUCAGAUCAACAAGGACGAUUCGUUCAAGGCGGUGGUCGACUACAUUGACGCCCAGUUCGAGAACUAUCUGCAGGAGGAGCUGAAAAUCAAACGUUCGCUGGUCACAUGCCACGACAGUCGCAUCCAUAUAUGCCUGUACUUCAUCUGUCCCACGGGCCAUGGCCUCAAGUCGCUGGAUUUGGUGUGCAUGAAGAAGCUCGACAGCAAGGUGAACAUUAUACCGGUGAUUGCCAAGGCCGACACCAUUUCGAAGGUGGAACUGCAGCGCUUCAAGGCGAAGAUCAUCCAGGAGCUGAACACCAAUGGGGUGCACAUCUACCAGUUUCCCACCGAUGACGAGACGGUGGCAGAGACCAACACCAGCAUGAAUUCGCACAUUCCAUUUGCCGUCGUGGGCAGCACAGAGUUCAUCAAGGUUGGCAACAAGUUGAUACGUGCCCGCCAGUAUCCCUGGGGCACGGUGCAGGUGGAGAACGAGACCCAUUGCGAUUUUGUCAAGCUGCGGGAGAUGCUCAUUCGCACAAACAUGGAGGAUAUGCGGGAGAAGACCCACACGCGGCACUACGAGCUGUACAGGCAGAAGCGCCUGGAGCAGAUGGGCUUCAGCGAUGUGGACAGCGAGAACAAGCCCAUAUCUUUCCAGCAGACAUUCGAGGCCAAGCGCUCAAACCAUCUGGCCGAGCUGCAGUCCAAAGAGGAGGAGGUGCGCCAGAUGUUUGUGCAGCGGGUCAAGGAGAAGGAGGCGGAGCUCAAGGAGAGCGAGAAGGACUUGCAUGCCAAGUUCGAGAAGUUGAAGCGCGAUCAUGCCGAGGAGAAGCGAAAGUUGGAGGAGUCGCGAAAGGCACUAGAGGAGGACUAUCUUGAUUUUCAGCGGCGCAAGCAGCAGUUGGCCACGGCCCACCACACGCUCACGUUGGGCAAGAGCAAGAAGAAGUAAGCGGGCGGACGUACCGUCCGUCGCCUGCUCGUAUAAGCAAUUUAUUGAGUAUUCUGUGCGGUCUGCUUAUCCCAAAGUAAUUAUUGCUUUUUCAUCUCGUUGUAUUUCAUUUGUACUAUUAAGUUUACUUCAAAUAUUAACAUAUACACACACACACACCUACAAGUAUGUACGCAGGCAUAUAUGAUUAUAUUUACAACUAACGAAUAAAA